UCUUCCUUAUUAUGUGAGGUCCAUCUCUCGAAGUCAGUGUUCUGCUGUGAAAUCGAGGAUGGGGUGCCGACAGAACAGGUUCGAGGAGUCCGUUCUUGAGGACUUUGAGGCUGCAACUCCCUUCAACCGAGUAGAAAUCUACCAUGCGUUCGACCGUUUCCUGGAGCUGCAUCAGCAGUACAGGCUGGCGGCAUCCAGCAAUCCGGACGAGAGCUUUACGGCCCCUGGUGACAGGGAUUACCUGGACGCCGACGGGUUUAUAAACCCAGAGUUCUCGCUCCCCGCCGAGUUUAUCGCCACUCACAUGCCCCAGCUGAAGGAGAACCCGUUCGCUAAACGUAUGUUGGAUAUAUUUAUUGCCACUGACUCCGGACAAAUGACGUUCAUAGAGUUUCUGGACAUGGUGUCUACUUUCAGUCCCAAGAAUUCCAGGGAAAAGAAAACGGCACAUGCAUUCCAGAUAUUUGAUAUUGAUCAGGAUGGACUGAUAUCUCGAGAGGACAUGUACGUCAUGCUGGACAUGAUUACAGAUGAGCCUCUGAAUGAGAGCGUUAAAAAGAAAGUAGUGGAUGAGGUGCUGAUCGAAGUCAACAAGAAGGACGCUGACGGACUCAACACUGAAGAUUUUCACUAUGCCAUUAGCAGAUCUCCUGAUUUUGCCAGGUGA